AUGGCCUCCAUCCCGGAUUUCAAUCAAGCCUUGUAUGCGCCCCUCGCCGAGACCGACCCUGAGGUGCAGAACAUUAUCGACAAGGAAACAUGGCGGCAAUUUUCUGGGCUCGAACUCAUCGCCUCUGAGAAUCUGACGAGUAGGGCUACGAUGGAGGCCAACGGCUCCAUCCUCACCAACAAGUACUCUGAGGGUCUUCCAGGUGCACGUUAUUACGGCGGAAACGAAUGGAUAGACGAACUCGAGGUUUUGUGCCAAAAACGUGCUCUUCAGGCCUUCCAUCUCGACCCCACCAAAUGGGGUGUCAACGUCCAGCCGUAUUCAGGCAGUACCGCAAACUUUGCCGCAUUAACGGCGCUCCUUCAACCUCAGGAUCGCCUCAUGGGCCUCGGACUGCCCGACGGUGGUCAUUUGACACAUGGCUAUUAUACCGCAAAAAAGAAAAUGACCGCUUCCUCAAUCUAUUUUCAAUCACUUCCAUACGGUAUUGAUUCGUCAACGCACCUGGUUGAUUAUGAAAAACUCGCUGCGCAGGCGAAAAUCUUCAAACCUCAACUCCUAAUCUGUGGUGCGUCUGCAUACCCGCGUGAUUGGGACUAUGCGGCGCUGCGCAAGAUUGCAGACGAGCACGGCGCGUUCGUUAUGGCCGACAUUGCGCACACGAGCGGGCUUAUCGCUGCAGGCGAGCUUGCAGAUCCUUUCCAGUACUGUGAUGUCGUUACAACCACAACACACAAGACCCUCCGUGGGCCUCGUGCUGGUUUGAUUUUCUUCCGGAAGGACACUGACAAGGCGAAGGACCUGGAGAAGCGCGUCAAUGAUGCAGUAUUCCCCGCCUGCCAGGGUGGUCCCCACAACAAUACCAUCGCAGGUAUCGCAACGGCGCUUCUGCAGGCCUGCCAGCCUACGUGGAAGGCGUACGCUAAGCAGGUCAUUAUCAAUGCUCAAACUCUCGGCAAGGAGCUCGUUGCACACGGGUACAAGCUGCAGACUCAGGGUACUGACAAUCACCUCGUACUUUGGGACCUCCGGCCGCUCGGUUUGACUGGUAGCAAGCUAGAGAAGCUUUGCGACCUUGUCGGCAUUACUAUCAAUAAGAAUGCCGUUUCGGGUGAUGCGUCCGCUCAGGUGCCAGGUGGAAUUCGGCUGGGCACGUCAGCGUUGACAUCGCGCAACAUGCUUGAAGCAGAUAUCAAGGUCGUCGCUGACUUCCUACAUCGCGCGGUGCAGCUCGCGCUCGUGUUGCAGAAGGAGGCGGGCAGCAAGCUGCUCAAGGACUUUGUGCGUGUUGCGACAUUCGAAGACGAGGGUCGCGAGGGCGCCCGUCUUGUCCGCGAGUUGCGCACGGAGGUGCGGGCGUUCGCGCGGCGGUGGCCUGUUCCCGGCGUGGAUGUGACGACGCUCAAGCGGCCUGCGGGCAUCGAGGAGGAUGACUAG